GGGGCGCAACGGCAAGUGGGUGAACGUAGACUACACGAACCGCAUCAUGGAGGAGUCGACCGCGCUCCCUCCCGCCCACAGCAGCACAGCCAACACAGCCAACGCCAAUGGGCUGGAGGACCUGACGCCGUUCCUCCCGGCGUCCGACGGCCAGUACGCGGCCUCUCUCACGUCCUCCACGGCCUCCUCCUCCGCCAACGCUCCGCCCCCGCAGCCCACCAUCCAGGUGUCCGUGAGCGAGCCCGUGAAGCAGGGCGAGGGCAUGAACGCCUACAUCUCGUACAAGAUCAGCACGGCCACGACGCGGCCGCAGUUCUCCAAGAGCGCCUUCUCCGUGGUGCGCCGCUACAGCGACUUUGUGUGGCUGCACGCGCACCUGUCGGCCAUGUACCCGGGCGUGGUAGUGCCCCCACUGCCGGAGAAGCUGCUGGUGGGGCGCUUCUCCCCCGAGUUCAUCGAGAGUCGCCGCCGCGCGCUGCAGCUGUUCCUGCACCGCUGCUGCCUGCACCCGGAGCUGCAGCACAGCGAGCACCUCACGACGUUCCUGGAGGCCAGCGAGGACCAGCUCGCGGCCUUCCGCAGGGACCCGCGCCACGCGGCGCCCAACGCGCAGCGCGGCGUGCUGUUCCAGUGGCUGGACGACACGGUGAGCUCCAUCUCGUCCACGCUCAUCACGCCCACCACGAACCUGCCCAAGACGCCGGUGGACCUGGAGGUGGAGGACAUGAUGGCGUACAUUGAAGGGCUGGAGCCUAUUAUGACAGGGCUGCACAAGCACGCCCACGGGCUGACCAAGAGGGCGCGGGAGAUCGCGGACGGACUGUUCGAGUUUGGAGUGUCCUUCACGUUAUUGGGGAAGUCCGAGGAGAACCCGUCGUUGCAGGAGGGGCUGAGUCAUAUUGGGCACUGCUCCGACCAGCUCUCGAUUUUGGCGGCGGAGCAUGCUGAGCGGGAGGCGCUGCAUUUUGAAGAGCCGAUCUUUGACUACAUUCGGCUGGUGGGGGCGGUGAAGGCGGCGCUGCAGAAGCGGAACGAGGUGAGGUGCGCGUAUGGAGCGGCGGUGGCCGAUCUUGAAGCGAAGGAGGCUGCGUUGGGGAAGUUGCUGAAAAGCGCUCGGGGCGGGUCGUCCGAGGAGAAGGUGCAGCUUGCUGAGAGCGAAGUGCGCGCAGCCCAGCAGCACAUGGAAGAUGCCAAGCUUGAGGACGACAUUGUCACGGAGAGAGUGCUGCGCGAGGUGGAGCGGUUCAAGCGCGAGAAGCUGGCAGACUUCAAGCACAUUAUCCUGGACUACAUCCAGAUGCAGAUCGAGUACAGCAAGAAGGUGGAGGAGGAGUGGCAGCAGGUUAUCCCCAAGCUUACAAUGAUCCACGUGGAGAACGGAGAAUCCCCUCUGGCGUCUAUGAGUCCCAUUUCAGAGGCCACGACCAACGACGCCUUCCAUGAGCAGGAGGCUGCGACCACGUCGCUCGGACCGAUGAUUCACGAGGACUACAUCCCGUCGAACGGGGAUUUGGCGGACAGUCUGUCGGAUCUGACGCUGAUGGCAAACGACGACGUUGGCCAGGACCCGUAUCAGCGAUCGCCCUACGGCUCUCGGCCGAUGGAAGACUCCAGUCCGGAUGUGUCGCUAUAG